GACUGAAGUCAGUUGCGUGCGUCACGUCUUGAAUUGAAGAGCGAGGGACAUGGUGUGGAGGACUGUCCUCUCUAACACAGGAGGGGGUUUUCAUGCGCCAAACACCAGAAAAAGGCAUGGCAGGAAAGCCUUUCCGGGCCACCUAUAUCUGGACCAGUAUCAUUUCCAACCUGCAGACGCAUGUGGAGGUGAAGUGUCGGCGCCACAACCUGAAAUCCUACCACGACUGCUUCCUGGGCUCAGAGGCCGUGGAUGCGGUGCUGACGCACAUAACGCUGAACGGUUUCUUCGGCGAUGAGGCCGUUCCUCGCCACAAAGCUGUCCGUCUUUGUCAGGCCCUCAUGGACUCCAGGGUGUUUGAGCCAGUGGGCAUCAAAGUAUUCGGAAAAGAGAAAAAGAGCGCCACCUUUGAGGACAGCGCCUGCAGCCUGUACAGGUUUUUGAGUCCGGCCGGCGGUCACCCGGCGGCGCUGACCGCCAACUCCCACGCCACCAGCGAGUGUGACUCUCCGAGCGUGAACCGCAGCAAGAGCCAGCAUCCUGCUGCACGUGAAAGACAAGAAGCGCCAAGCUACUCCACCCACUCCCCUGUGAAAACAGACAAAUUACUGGAGGACGUGUUGGGCAGCCUGGAUCUCAGCUCCUCCGUCAGCCCUCAGACGACCGUCCACGGCCUCUCCCAGGAGCGUUUGUAUGAAGUGUGGCACCAACAGGCGGUAUCCAGACUGCUGCAACUCAUAGAGCUGCCUCUGUUGGAGAGCCUGUUAGAGAACGAGGGGUCGUCCGGCUCACCUCUGCACGGCACGGACAGUGACCCGGACCUGAUGUACUCAUCGAGUUACCUGGACAGAGAGGUUCUGAAAGCCUUCAGUGAAGCACAGGCAGAUGAGUGGAUGUCCGGGGCGGUGGACUGUCUCGAGAUUCUGCCUGACGAGCUGGUGGUGGAGGUCAGCCGGGGUUUGGCCGUUUGCGCGGACGACCUGGUGCAGUGCAAGAGGCUGCUCUAUCAGGUCCUGGUCCAGCAUUAUGGACACGCACGGCAGCCGCCUCUGCUCAGCAAUCACGUUUUCGACAUCCACUCUGGCAUCUCUGAACUUCUUGUGAAUGGGAAGCUGGAUCAGGCUCGGGAGGCGCUUCAGCUGAGCCUGAAGCUGCAGGACUCCCGCAGCAGAGAGGAGCUGCGCAGGCUGCUGAGGUUCAUGGCCAUCGCCGCCAAGCCACAGGAAGUGAAACUGCACAAAGAGGUCGAGAACAGAAUGGCAGUGAAAAGAUCUUUCUCAAGUGCGAUUGUCUACAGCAGGAGGCUCCCGAAAGGAAAGGUGGACUUGAUGGUUCUGUUCAUGAUGGAUAAUCAUUCCGAUCUCUUCAAAACUCCCGUCUCCUUGCAGAAGAUGGUUAGUGACAGAAUAAUAAAUAUCAUGAAUGGGAAGGAUCCGGGUGCAAUCGCAGGUUCAACGUACUGUACAAGAGUAACAGCUAAAGACUGCUCUGAAAAUGCAAAGAAAACCACUAAGGACGAGCUUUUGUCUUUACUGAGGACCGUUCACGAAAACCCUAAACUCUCUACCAAAGAGAAGAGACGACUGCUGGGACAGUUUUAUAAAGGCCACCCAGAGAUAUUUGUUCAGUACUUUGGAGACAGGUUAUCCAGUAUCAACAUGUUGCUACGGUGAUAUUUAUAAGCUUUAAGACAGUCCUACAUUUUAAAGUAAAAACAGGUAGAUAUUAGAUGAGAAAAAAGUUAAUUUUAUGCAGAUGAUGUGAAGAAAAUGAUGUUUUUUUAAUUAUAGGUCUCUUGGAAAGAGGCAUUAUUUACUCAUAUUGUGUGGUGCAGGACACUAACAUAAAAUGUAGAUGUGUUUUUAUGAGAAUUUGAAAAUCCUUGGGAGUCCUCGCUAUGCAGUAAAGCACGAUGCAUUUGCAGGCAGCGAAGAAUGGAUGUACAGAUUGUACAGAUUGCUUGUUGGUGGAUGUUUCUUGUCCUGUAGCUACAGUGUUAUGUGGCCAGGCUUCUCAUGGAUCCUGUGCGGUCCAGAGAAAUUGGAAAGUCUGAUGUUUUGUAUUUAACAGUGAGAGGCACUCACAAGAAUUAGCCCUUUGGGUUUUUCUGUUUGUUGUAGAAAAACCCCCACAAAACAGAUGUUAGUUUUGUUCUUGUUUCUUAAACAAAAAGCGUAGCUGCGUUUUAGUGGCAUCUUCUAAUUCAUAAUAGUCAGUAAAUUGCUUCCAUCUUUCCAGGUCAAAAACAACAAACAGGUUGUUUGUUACAUGAUCAAAUUCAUUUGAAGCAUCCAUGUACAUACUUGUUCAGUGGGUGGUGCAACCUGCCCAUUCUGUCACUACAGAUCAAUGACAUCUGGUAUGUCAGGUAUUUUUUUUGUAUCCAUUCUUAGGUGACUUGGAUUUUUUUGUCCGUUAGAAACGGAUUCUUUUGACACAAUAGUAACACGUAAUGUUGUGUUAUUAGACGAAUGUUUCUUUAAUCUAAUAAAACUCAUGAAUGUGACAUGUUUUUCUUUCAUGGUGUGUUUGCUGUGAUGUUGGAACUACAGAAGUCUUAAUGUGCUUUGACGGCUCUCUGUCACUUGAAACUACCACCAACACACACAGAGAGACAAUGCAAGUAUUUGCAUUAUUAUUCUGUCUUAGGAAAAAAAAAACAUUUAGAGCCACAUUAGAAAUUAUUCUGUUACA